AUGACGUCCGCCAGAUUACCUCCUCACUGUCGCCUUGUCAACAUUGGUACUCACUCUUUGGCUCUUUACACACAUGGUCCUGAGCCUAGUAGCCCCAACGAUCCGGUGGCACUCUUCAUCUCAGGCGUGGCCAGUGACGCACUGAACUGGCAAGCCGUGGUGCGCCAACUGUCUCCUUCGCUGCGCAGCUACACUUACGACCGUUCUGGUUACAACAACUCAGAGCUGUCGCCACUGGCACCUACAGCUGAGAAUGUGGUGAUCGAACUUUUGCUUCUGAUUGAGAAAGCGACCAUCGUCAACCCGCUGAUCUUGGUCGGACACUCCUGGGCUGGCGUGUUGAUACAUGAAUUUAUCGCUCUAGAAGGUAUUGCGCAGAUCGCAGGCUUGGUGCUUGUGGACGCAAAUUAUGAGACUGCGCCUCAAGUACUGAACGUCAAUGAUCCGAUUCUCUGGACGAUGGCCGCUGGCUGGGCUGCCUUCCGCGCCGUCGAGUCGACCGAUAAGUACAGAGCCAUCGCACAGAAAGAAGACGAGCAAUACUUCUCCAGCUUCGAGACACUGCGCAGGAAGGAGUUGGUCAAUUCACAGCCACUGCUUGGUGACAAAUCUGUAUUUAUGAUUGGCGGUAUGCGCAGCAGAAAUUGGUCUGGCUUGUACGAGGCAGGUGUGACUUGA